GAUAGCAAAGCCUAUAACCCAUGGAGUCAAACAACAUGCCAGACUUGAACGGUGUCGCUAAGAAGACUAAAGGUCGACAAAAGAUCGAAAUGAAGAAGAUGAGAAAUGAGAGUAACCUUCGGGUGACAUUCUCAAAGCGUCGCACUGGGGUUUUCAAGAAAGCCAGUGAGCUUGCAACCCUUUGUGGCGUGGAUGUCGUUGUGAUUAUGUUCUCACCCGGUAAUCGAGUAUUUUCGUUUGGCAGUCCCAGUGUUGAUUCUGUUGUCCAACGCUAUAAGACACAGGGCCCACCUCCCCUCCUUACCUUGGACCUCAACAAGGUGCACUCCACUGUGGACGAAGUUGAGCUCCACACACACCUCCACUGCUUGUCAAACCAAAUUGCUAUUGAGAAGAAGCGCACAAAGGAUUUAAAUCAUUUAGCAAAGGCUGCAGAGGAUCAGUUCUGGUGGGCUAGGCCUAUUGAAAGCAUGACCGAUUCCCAACUUGACAAGUAUAAGAAGAUGUUAGAGGAUUUUAAGAGACAACUCAAAGAAAAGCGUGGGAACCUCAACUGAUGAUGCCCUAUUUAAAGUUUUAGUCAAUGUUUUUUAAUUUAAUAUGUUUUAGAAUAAGCACUAGCUUAAUCAAAUUAAUGUUUGGGGUGUGGUUAGGAUUGAUUAUCUAGGACUUAUGUUUUCAUUAUGUUGAAU